AAUAACCCUAUCCUGCUAUCAAAAUGGCCCGCAAUAUCCACAUUGCUGUCCUCGACGUUGACAUCCCCCCUCGUAAACUCUACGAAUCCCAUGGCCUUUGCAGCGCUCACUUCCGUAACAUCCUCCAAGAGACUGCCUCACACCUCAACCAGACCUCUCUAGUCAACGACGACCCCAUUGAGAUAUCAGUAACCCCAUACGACAUCCGAGGAGGCCACUAUCCAGACUUCCGCAGGUUAAAGGGUCACCCCGGGUACAUCGCUCAUCCCGAUGCUGUCCAAAUCGAUGCUAUUAUAAUCACCGGGGGUGCACCGGGCGUAUACGAAAUUGACCAGUCACCCUGGAUGCAAAAGCUGGCAACAUUCCUCAAGACAGUGUUUGAACAAUAUCCCGAGGUUCGCAUCCUGGGUACAUGCUUCGGUCAUCAGCUUAUCGGCCAUACAUUGAUGAGAAAGUCGGACGAUCCCGAGCGCGACGUCUUUGUCGAGAAGUGUCCCCUCGGAAGAGAAGUCGGCAUAUACACCGUUCAGUUGGAGAAGGAUUUCGUCCAGGCCUUCCCAUAUGCACUCGGCCAUCUCCCGCAGGAACAGCUGAGAAUCCAAAUGUUCCACGGUGACCGCGUCAUGGCAAUCAAGAAGGGGUCGGCCGGGACUCUCGAGGACAAGGCUUCUCUUCCUGCGCCUUGGAUCAAUGUGGGAAGCACACCAAUUUGUCCCAUUCAGGGACUGUAUUACCCUGGGAGGGUCCUGUCUGUUCAGGGUCAUUAUGAACUCGACGCAUUCGGUAUGCAGAAGAUGUGUUUGGAAUUUGCCCCCAGCUUCGGGUGGAAGGACUCAAAGCUCGCUCUCUUCCUGGAACAGGUCGGCCCGGAUUUUGGAGAGAGGAGGGACGACGCGAGGUCGUUUGCUGCAGCCGUUGUUUGUUUUUUGGCGGGCCUCGAGGAGGUACGGGUGGGCGAAUAG